CAAUGCCUUUAACUCUGAGUUUGCUUUGCUUACUUAUCUGCCUUUAGUUUUUGAGGCAACGGAUUAUUCUAGAGCCUAGACCUCUCUGGGACUCGUGGCCUUUCCGCUUUUGCCAUCUGAAAGCUUCGAGGGGUCCUGAAGCUUUGCAGAAACAUCCCCGGUGAGAGAUCAGCUCCACAAAAUGGAUUCUACAGCAGACUCACCAUUGUGAUAAGAUUAACCCAUUGGUCCUUUGAUCACAUGAAUGGUUUGCUAGUGAGGGCAAAGGCUGAAUCGGCUCAUAGUGAGCGUUAAAUUUCAGUGUGAGUCUGGAGUGGCUAAACCAUGUUCAGACCAUAGCAACUGUGACCUUCAGUGUGCAACACAUGCUGCGAUUCUUUACUUUCCUCAAGGAUCAACUUUCCCCACGCUCAGAACAUGACCCAAGCCCUUCUGCAACUUCUGGGGUCUCUCCUGAGCUUCAUGGAACAGACACAGAGAGUCCUGAGCUGGCUCCCUCCCGUCCCUGCUUCCCAGCCCAGGAAGAGAAGGACAUUGGUGCGAUCUUUCUUUUCCAAGGUCUCUUGGAAACUGAGGUUGCGGAAGCAGGAACCUUUGAAGAAUGUGUUUUUCAUCUUGGCAGAAAGAGCCCGGGAUCCUAAUGCUAAAAAGCGCCAUCUGGCAAUGAGAGGCCUGGGCAUGUUGGCCAGUGAAGCCCCUGACAAGGUGAGAAAGUACAAGAAAGUUUUCCUUGCCCUCCUGGUGCACGGGCUGUAUGACCCCGUGAGUUCUGACGUUAUCCACGAGAGCAUGAAGACUCUGACCAUCAUGCUGAGCAAGAUCCAGGGCCAACGCCUGGGCUCCUUCUUCGUAGAUAUCACUCUUCAGACCAAGGCUCUAUUGGAUGAUGAGAACGACGGUGUGCGGUACUCGGCCUUUGUUCUGUUUGGGCAAUUGGCUGCAUUUGCUGGGCGGAAAUGGAAGAAAUUUUUCACUGACCAGGUUAACCAGACACAAGAUUCCCUCCUGAUCCAUUUACAGGACAAAAGCCCUCAGGUGGCCAAGGCUUGCAAAACGACUGUGCGAGCCUGUGUUCCGUAUCUGAAACCCAGGAAAGAGCAGCGUUUCCAGAGUGAAGAAGAUCAGCGGAACCCCAGACUUUCCCGGCAGCUGAGCCAUUAUCAUCCUGAGGUCCUGCUAUUCUUCUAUGCCAAUAAAAUCCUCUAAAUCCAGAGCGGCAGAGAAAAUGGCCCCGUGUGAGUGCCCUGCUCCGGGCAUCCCGUUCCCUCUGCUCUGUCUCAUUGGGUACCUCUUUGACUCUGCUCAUAUGAUAGUAACAAGAGAGGACGUCAGAGAGCUACUGAGGGCAAAAACAAUCUCCUGGAAGUGUAUCUCUGCACUCAAAGUAAAAUUCUCCAUUACUUUCA